CUCCUUUUUCCAUUUUCCGACUCGCUCGCUCGCUCCUUUUUCUCUUCUCGUAUCGGCCAGAGAGGGGACCUUUUGAUCCCGGAAUCUUGUCGAUCGCUUGCUUGGUCGUCUGCCCCGAGUCCUGACCCGACCGAGUUCCUCCGCUCCCCACGACAAACCCGGGAAUUGUUUCCUGUCGUUGCAGAACCGACAUGGCCGAAGACGAUGUUGAGCGCCAGGUUGAAAAGCCGCGCCCGGCGGAGCGACAGGUUCAUGCGAUAUUCUAUAUCGCGAGUUGGAUUUUCUUCUCCAACUUGACCAUUCUCUUUAACAAAUGGAUAAUAGAUAGCCGCGGAUUCAGAUAUCCCGUGAUCCUGACAUGUUGGCAUCUUAUCUUCGCAACCGUUGCGACGCAGAUCCUGGCGCGGACGACCAAGCUCCUCGACGGGCGCAAGAAUGUCAAGAUGACGGGGCGCACCUACCUGCGCGCUAUCGUGCCGAUUGGCCUGCUGUAUAGCGCUAGUCUUGUCUGCAGCAACAUGGUCUAUCUGUACCUGAGCGUGGCCUUCAUCCAGAUGCUCAAGGCAGCCGCGCCCGUGGCGGUGCUGCUGUGCAGCUGGGCCUGGGGCGUUGAGGAGCCCUCGCUCAAGCGCUUCCUCAAUAUCCUGCUUAUCGUUGCGGGCGUGGCGCUCGCCAGCUUCGGCGAGAUCGAUUUCAGCCUGGCCGGCUUUUUGUUCCAGGUCGGUGGUAUUGUGUUUGAGGCUAUGCGCCUCGUCAUGAUCCAGGUGCUGCUGUCCGGCGAUACCCAGAAGAUGGACCCGCUUGUGAGCUUGUACUACUACGCGCCCGUCUGCGCCGUCAUGAACGUCAUCAUUGCCAUCGGCUCUGAGGCCAACAGCUUCAACCCUGCCGACCUCGCCAAGGCCGGGUACGGCCUGCUGCUGCUCAACGCCAUGGUAGCCUUCAUGCUCAACGUGAGCAGUGUCUUUUUAAUUGGCAAGACCUCCGGCCUGGUGAUGACCCUGACAGGCAUCCUGAAGAACAUCCUCCUGGUCAUCAUCUCGGUCAUGAUCUGGCACACGACCAUCUCGUGGCUGCAGUUCCUCGGCUACUCCAUCGCGCUCGCCGGUCUCGUCUACUACUCGAUCGGCUGGGACCAGAUCGUUGCCAUCUCCCAGGCCAUGUGGGUCUACGCCAAGGGCGGCUACGAAUCCGUCCGCGGGUCACCCGCGAGCGGCGGGGAAGAACAGGCGCAGACCGGCCAGGGCCGUCUGCCCUCAGCUGUGCGCAGGGGGUUGAUCAUGGGCGUCGCAGCGGUCACGGUGCUGGUGCUUGCCGGCGGCUUUAUCUAUGGAGGGGGCGCAGCAAUAGUCGGGGAGCAGUUCGGGGCCGGUGAGCCGAGUGAAUGAGGGAGAGUAUGGCGGAAGGCGGCCGCGUACCAUGAGUUGGGGCUUCUCCGUCGAUAUGUUCAUAGCAAGCAGGCGGACGAUUUCGGGUUUACUAAUGCGGCAUAUGUAAUGACUAGAGCUCCUUGGGUACGUUAAUCCAUGAUUUUGAGGGACUGUGGAUGGCGCAGAGUGAGAGGGGUAUGCACUAGCCAGUGUCCGUAAAAGCUGUCUUUGGGGAAUAGGGGCAGCGGAUGGGCCGAGCGCAACGGCACCCAACUGCCCGUAAGGUGGGAAGAAGCAAGU